AUGAAUGAAAAGCACAGCAAAAAGAAUGCGAAUGAAACCGAAAAAGUGAUGAUCGCUGCCAAGAAACGUAACGAGAACGACGAACAAGCCAAGAGACUGCAUGAGGACAGAAGGUUAAAAGAAGAAAAAGAGCGUCUGAGAAAUCAUGAAGAAAGACUGAAAAAGCAACGUUUGCAAACUGUGAUGUUUGGGAACGGGAAUUUUACAGCUGAUGAGCAGACACGAUUCAUUUUGGAAGAAAUCGGAAAACAAGUAGAGGAGGAAAUACGCAAAAAAGAAGAUGAACGACGAUGUUUGACUGAAGAAGACAGAAAACAAAUGAAGAGAGAAAAUAAGAAGCAGAAACAUGAAGAACAGAAGUUUCGAAUGUCUCAAAUGCUGACUGGAAGAUCUUCAGGACAACCUCAAUCGGCAAGAGAUAAAAAGAUGAGAGCCAAGCUCACUGCUAAACUGGCUCAACGUUCAAAAACUGAAUAUGCUGUUCGUAAAGCUGAAUUCGAGAAGGAAACAAAUCGUGUCAUGCUCGAGAAAACUGCUCGCCAAGUUCAACUCGAUAAAGAAGAAAUGCGUUUGAAACUUCAGGAAGAAGCCCGUCGUGCACAAAAAGAAAUGGAAGCAACUCUUGUUCAGAGAGAGAUUCUUGAAGAACGAUUGAAAUUGUUCCAGGAGAAAUUAGUCAGAGAGCAACAGGCGCUGGAAGCUGCUGAAAAGAAACAGAAAGAAGAAAUGGAGAUGAAGAGACAAAAAGAAAAACAGGCUGAAGAAGAAGCGAGAAAAGACGCAGCGGUUGAAAUUCGAAAAGCCGAAAUCAUGGCUAGAAUCGCUGGGUACGAGUUGAUCCGUUAUGCUGCUCUCCGGAAGUUGAAAGCUCGGUUUUUGGAGAAUGAGAAGGAACUGGAAUCUCGUAGACAACAAGAAGAAUUGGAAAAUGAAGAAGAAAGAAAGAAAAAGGUGGAAAGAGAGAAAGAACGUGCUUCCGAUGAUCAGCUGGAAUCAGUUGAGGAGUCUGAUUAUUUGGAAAGUCUAGAUUUUGAAACUGAAGAGUAUGAAGAUGAAUCAAUGGUUGAAGAGGAAGAGGAAGACGGCCAUUCGACACAACAUACCUACAGACUGACUAUUGUGGCCACUGAAGUUAUAAAGAAAAGAGAUGUCAGUGUUGAGCGAAGCCUGAAAGAACAUGUUCUCCGGCGUCUGAAAGUGAAACUUCAAAAUCGAAUUUUGGCUAGACAACAAGAGAAACGAGAAGAGUAUAAUUCUGAAAUUAAGAGACAGAAAACUCAAGAAACCGAUGUGAACCUUCGUAAAGAAGAUGACGAACGACUUGCACGAGUCGAAGAAGACAGAUUGAGAGACGUGCAGUAUAUGCGAAGAGGAUAUAGAGGAGAUUUCUAA